AUGGCUUUGGUUAUGGAACCUAUAAGUAAAUGGACCCCAAAGCAAGUGCUGGACUGGAUGAAAGGUCUGGAUGACUGUCUUCAGCAGUAUGUGAAGAGUUUCGAGCGGGAGCAGAUGGGGGGAGAGCAGCUGCUCCAUAUCACCCACCAGGAGCUGGAGGAGCUUGGCGUUACCAGAAUAGGACACCAGGAACUCAUCCUGGAAGCUGUUGACCUCCUGUGUGCCCUGAACUAUGGUCUAGAGACAGAGAACCUCAGGACUCUGUCUCACAAGCUGAAUGCCUCGGCCAAGAACCUCCAGAACUUCAUCCUGGGCCGGCGGAGGGGCGGACAUUAUGAUGGACGGGCUUCCCGGAGGCUGCCCAAUGACUUCCUCACCUCAGUAGUAGAUCUCAUCGGUGCAGCUAAGAACCUGCUGGCCUGGCUGGACAGGUCUCCAUUUGCCAGUGUGACAGAAUAUUCUUUACUGAAGAACAACAUUGUGCAGCUCUGCCUAGAAUUAACUACUAUUGUACAACAGGACUGCACGGUGUAUGAGACAGAAAAUAAGAUCCUCCACGUGUGUAAAACGCUUGCAGGGAUAUGCGACCACAUUAUCUCUCUGUCAUCAGACUCUCUGGUCUCUCAGUCUGCACAUCUGGAGGUGGUCCACCUGACCAGCAUCAUGCCUAGCGAAGGGCUGGGAAUGUACAUCAAAUCAACCUACGAUGGACUUCAUGUUAUCACUGGAACCACAGAGAAUUCCCCAGCAGACCAGUGUAAGAAGAUCCAUGCGGGGGAUGAGGUGAUCCAGGUCAACCACCAGACAGUGGUGGGCUGGCAGCUGAAGAACCUGGUGAAUGCUUUGAGGGAGGACCCAUGCGGAGUCAUCCUCACACUAAAAAAGCGGCCUCAGAACACACUGAGCUCCACGCCUGCUCUCCUGAGGAACGUCCGCUGGAAACCGCUCGGCCUGCAGCCGAUCCCCACCAGUCCUACCAGUACCUCUCCUACACCUGGUGGAACCCUGGGUAUGUCCAAAAUGGACGCCCCCAGCAUGCAGGAUGUUUUUAUUCUCUCUCCUGUCUCUGGACUCUACAGCACCAGGGAGGAGCUUGGUCUGAUGUCAUGUGAUGACAUCAGCCGCUACAGUGUGAGCUCCCAGUCAGGCUCCAAAGGUUCGGAGGCCGUCAGCUACUACUUGGACCAGGACAGUGGUCAGUACUUCUCACUAUUGGAGUCAGACGGACCUCUAGGGCCUGACUAUGACAGGGGCCGCAACACAGGGGUCCGUCGGCGGGACAAGACCCCCACCCAUGGUGACCUCAGACCUGUUUCCAUGCCCCCGGAAUAUAAUUGGAUGGCCGAGGCUAAGGAACCCAGCAUGGGAAAGAGAGGGAGCCGAGAUUCAGACAACUCCUUGCUGCGUUAUCUCAGCGACGACAAGAUUCUAGUGAUCGAGGAAGAACCCGAGGGACCGUUAAGGGAGAGUCGACGAGACUCCACCAGGCGCUCUCGGCGCAAGAGCCGCAAUCCCAGCAGCCCCAGCUUUCCCAUCAGCCCCUCCAUGUUGUCCUCCACCCUGCGCUUGGACCAGCCGCCUGACACUAUGCCUAGAGGCACGGACACGCUACGUGCAGACACAACGGACAGGUACUCGGGCUCAGGAAGUUCAGGGGCGGCCUCUAUGAGGAAGUCUUUCCAUUACACCUCGCUAAGAACGAAAACCAAAAAGAGAAGUAAAGGUUCCCUUACCAGCGCUAGUCGAAGAAGGAUCUCCUGUAAAGACCUGGGUCACGGCGACUGCGAGGGCUGGCUGUGGAAGAAGAAGGACGCUAAAGGCUACUUCACUCAGAAGUGGAGGAAGUACUGGUUUAUCCUCAAAGAGUCCUGUCUCUACUGGUACACCAACCAGAAUGAUGAGAAGGCUGAGGGCUUCAUCAGCCUCCCCGAGUUCAGAAUAGACCGAGCCAUUGAGUGCAGACGGAAAUUUGCCUUCAAAGCCUGUCAUCCCAAAAUCAAGAGCUUCUUCUUCGCCACAGAUUGUCUCGAGGAGAUGAACAGGUGGAUGAACCGGUUGGGGCUGGCUGCUAUUGGCUACACACCCGAUGACAAGGUGCCACGUCCUGAUGAAGACUACUGGAGUGAGAGUGAUCAGGAUGAAGUCGAUGGUUCAAUGACACUCAAACAGGAAGGACCCUCGUCCCUUUGUGACACCUACCACCGCACUCCAUCAGUGCACCUCCUCCAUAGUUAUGACCAGCUGCCCCGCUCUGUCAGCUCAAUGAGCCUCCUGCGUUCCACCCCAUCACCCCUCCCUCCACUACCGAUGAGCGCCUCCACCUCCCCCAUCCCUCCACAGAUGGUCUCUUCCACCUCCCCUCUCCCUCCCCAGGUCAAUUCUUCUAGCCCCUUCCCGGAGCCCAAGCACGGCCGCCACUUCUCCAGCGAGUCCACACACUCACACUCCUCAGCCGAGGACCAGCGUGGGGACGGCAUGGGCAUGGGCACAGGCACUGGCAGCACCAGCACCCACUCCUCUGGCUGCCGCUCCUCCCACCGCGAACGGCGCUCCUGGCAGGACCUGAUUGAGACACCCCUGACCAGCGCUGGGCUGCACUUCCUCCAGACGGGACCCGGGGAGGGUGAGGGGGGCUACGGAAUGGGAGGCAUGGCUGGGGAGAUAGGGUUGUAUGGGGGCCUGGGGAGACAGGGAAUGUCCCCAGAGAGACGCAGGCAGGCCACCUUGCCCGUACGGAGGCACCACGCCGCAGAGAGGGACAGGGAGCGAGACGGGCCCUUCCCCCUGGAGCGGGGUCCACACACGCACGCCCACACACAUAGACACUCCCACAAGCAGCGCAGCCAGAGUCUGCCCAGGAACAGAGACCCUCGACCAGGCAAGCUGUUACAUACCCCGGCUCGUAUGGACGAGAGGAGUGAAGACGAGGAGGCGGAGGGACAGGCUGGAGAUAUCAGUGAGGGUGAGGAGGACCUGCGGGAGAUGAGAAGUGAGGGCAGGGAGAGGAGGGUCUCUGAGGGAAGGGAGCGACGAGUGUCAGAGGGACGUGAGGUCGAGCCGAUGGAUGGGCUGGAGCAGCUGUACCGGGCCCUGGAGCAGGCCAACGUAACGGCUCUGGGAGACCCUAGGCCCUGCAGCCGGCAGGAGCUCAGACGUUGCUUCACCCAGAGAGCCAGAGACCCCCUGCUUAAUGACAGGCUGCACAGGGUCCGAGCCCUCCGCAGCACUCUGAAGGCCAAAGAGUCAGAGCUGGCAGUGAUCUGUACCCUGUUGGAGGACCCUGGCCUGUGCUCCCAGAGUUUCAGAGAGUGGAAGCAGUGGCACAACGAGCUUUACUCAGACAUCUGCCAACUCAGCCCUGGCACCAACGGCCAGGAUGAUCUCUCCCCACUGGCUGCACCGCUCAUGACCCACACACACUCCUUUAUUGAGACGCAUGUGUGA